AUGGUGGAGCUAUGUACAACAGUUACUCCUGAUGAGUGGAAUCGUGGGGGUGAAGUGGUUACAAAGCAGAUGGGUGAAGGCAAGUGGAUUCAAGAGAAUCAUGGAACACUUGGGGUCAUCCAGAGGUCGCUCUCAAGUUCAACCCUGGAAGCUGAUGGUCAUGAAGGGACAGCUAAGGAGUUGUCGGAGAGUAUGGAAGCUGUGUAUGAGGACAGAUCGCAUCUAUGCAAGGUUUUUGUGGUUAAGCGGGCCAUUGAGAAUCUGAAGCAAGAUGGAGAAGAGCUCAGUAAGCAUCUUGAACGGUUUAAGAGCUUAUGGGCAGAGUUGAAGGCGCUCAGACCGAGUACCUCAGAUAAAGACAUACUGAAGAGAAGGCUAGAGCAAGAUGAAGUGUUUAGUCUUCUGCUGAGUUUGGAUAAGUCUUAUGAUAAACUGGUCAGGAAGAUCCUCACGGAAGAAAUCCUACCUGAUGUGGAGAGUGUGUGUGGUUUGGUGAAGCAUGAGCAAGCAACGAUGCAGCCGGAUAAGAGGAGAAAGAUUACUGAGCUAGAACAAGUAAUCACCGGCAAGAGCUUGUAUUCAGCAUACAUAGGAGACAUAAAAGAUGGGGAUAGCUUAACAAGCAGACACGAGAAGGGUGGAGCGGAUGAGGUGAUUACCAGAAGAGAGUGGGAUGCAUUUGUAGCCAAAGCAAAAGCACUCACUGCAUCAAAGAAGCAAGGAGGUCAUUCAGUAAGGUCUAAACCUAUUAUUGUGGAUUCUGGAGCCAGUCAUCACAUGAUCAGUGAUAGGAGUCUGAUGGAUGAAGUGAGAGCAGCUACUGGAAAUGUUCAGAUAGCAAAUGGAGAUAAAAUUCCUAUAGAAGGGAUAGGAAGCUUGAAGCUAUUUGACAGGGAGUCAACAGCCUUGUACCUGCCUCAGUUUACCUCCAAUUUGAUAUCUGUAAAGAGAGCUACUGUUGACUUGCAAUGUCAAGUAGUAUUCAGGCCACAGGAGGUUGAGUUUCAAGAUCUUGUUACGGGUCAAGUGAUUGGAAAGGGGAGCAGUACCAACAAUCUAUACCAGCUACAAUCAACUAAGCUCUCUAAACCCUCUAUCUCUAUAUGCAUGAGUAGUACUGCUGAUGGCUAUGAAAAAUCUAAGUAUACAUGGGUCACAUUGCUUCCUUCCAAGGAUAGAGUGUUAGAGGCAUUUAUAAACUUCCAAGCUUAUGUCACUAAUCACUAUAAUGCUACUGUGAAGGUACUAAGGUCAGACAAUGGAGUUGUCUCAGCAUGUUAUCUCAUCAACAGGACACCGACGAAAGUUCUGAGGGAUCUAUCUCUAUGA